AUGGGUGAAGUUGACAGAAGAAUUGUUUUUGGUCAAUUGAAAAGGUUUGCAUAUCGGGAAUUACAGUUGGCGAUGGAAAACUUCAACGAGAAAAACAUACUUGGACAGGGAGGUUUUGGAAAAGUUUAUAAAGGAGUGCUUCAAGAUAACACGAAAGUAGCUGUUAAGCGUUUAACUGAUUUUGAAACUCCAGGAGGAGAUGGAGCUUUCCAACGUGAGGUUGAGAUGAUAAGACGUGAGGUUGAGAUGAUAAGCGUAGCUGUUCACAGGAAUCUACUACGGCUGAUAGGUUUUUGCACAACACCAUCAGAACGCCUUUUAGUUUAUCCAUUUAUGCCGAAUUUAAGUGUGGCAUAUCGUCUAAGAGAACGUAAACCUGAGGAGCCUGUUCUAGAUUGGGCAACAAGAAAAAGGGUGGCCUUAGGUGCAGCACGUGGACUUGAAUACCUUCAUGAACAUUGCAAUCCUAAGAUUAUUCAUCGGGAUGUGAAGGCUGCCAACGUACUAUUGGAUGAAGAUUUUGAAGCAGUUGUUGGUGACUUUGGCCUGGCGAAGUUGGUGGAUGUGAGAAAGACUAAUGUGACAACUCAAGUUCGUGGGACGAUGGGCCACAUUGCUCCAGAGUAUUCAUCUACUGGGAAAUCAUCUGAGAGAACAGAUGUCUUUGGUUAUGGUAUUAUAAUUCUAGAGCUUGUAACGGGUCAACGAGCAAUUGACUUUUCGCGCUUGGAAGAGGAGGACGAUGUCCUAUUGCUUGACCAUGUCAAGAAGCUCGAGAGGGAAAAAAGACUGGAUGCCAUUGUAGACCGCAACCUUAAUAAAAAUUGCAAUGUUCAGGAUGUGGAGAUGAUGAUCCAGGUUGCAUUACUCUGUACCCAAGCAUCGCCGGAGGAUCGUCCAGCAAUGUCAGAGGUGGUACGGAUGUUAGAAGGAGAGGUUCUGGCUGAGAGAUGGGAAGAGUGGCAGCAUAUUGAGGUUACGCGCAGGCAAGAAUAUGAAAGGCUGCAAAGAAGAUUUGACUGGGGAGAAGAUUCAUUAUAUAACCAGGACGCUAUGGAGCUAUCUGGCGGAAGAUAAUGCUGCAGAAUUAUCUACAGCAUUUGUUGAAGCCCGUAGUAUCUUUUUUUUGGGUCAGCUUUGAUAUUUCCUUUCCUUUUUAUGUAGGAUCAUGUAUUUAAAAAAGAAAAAAAGAAAAUGCUCCAUGAUCUCAUACAAGUUUGACUGCUCAAGUGAGAUUUUCUCCAUUGUUUUUUCUUUUUCAUGUUAAAUUUCUGUAGUUACAGUUUGUAUAAUGAAACCAUUUCUUGGUGUUUGUAUAUUUCUCUUCUUUACAUACAAAAAGAAGUAGAAAGAACGAUUCUAA